GCGCGUCGACGUGUCGUGACGUAAUCAAUGCGCAGUUUUUCUUCUGCGCAGUACCGGAAGCGAAUAACAGCUCUCGGAUACAGAUGCUAAAAAACAUUUGGAUAAAAGAGCUCCACAGAAGAAACAGUUGUUGAAUGGAAGUGGUGAGGGCCAGAGAGAUGGGCCCCGAGAGAAUCUUACCGAACCCCGAGGAGGAUGCGCUGCAGGAGCGGCCCUCAGACACCGCGGCGCAGGAGGAGUGGAGCGGGGAGGACAUAGAGGAGGAGGAGGAGGAGGAGGAAGGAGGCGCCGGAGACGAGGACAGUGCCGGGUACUAUUACCAGCCUCUCAAUCAAGACCCAGACGGGAUGAACGGCUCUCACACGGAGCCCGCGGACGAGGGAACCACCGCGGAGCAGCUGCAGGACGUCCAGGACAGAAUAGAGGCCAUGGGUCUGUUCCUGCCCCAGCCUCCUCCUCCUGACAGCGACGAAGAGGAGGAUCCCGAAGGAGCUGCUGCUCGUAGAAGUUUCGCGUCCAUUCCCAUGGAUGCAGAUCACGUUGAACUGGUGAAAAGGACCAUGGCUGCAGUAAAUUUGCCGACACUAGGAAUCCCUGCCUGGGCCCAGGAGAUCUCUGACGACCAGUGGAAGGACAUGGUCCAGCAGACGCUUCAGUCCAGACAGAGCUCGGCAGGCCUGAGACUGGACCGCAAGUGAAACCAUUACAAGAGCCUCAUCUCACCUGCUGCAGGAACAUGAAACAGAGCUUCUGACAUCUCAAAUCGAAAGGCAUUCCUCCCUUUAGGUGUGGUUUACACAAACUGUGGACUGAAAUUCAUUAAUGGCUCGCCUUGUAAUUGCUUUGAACUGAUAGACAGCCGGUGUCCAGUUGAUGCGGUUACCGAGUAGGCAAAAAAGACGCUCCUGAAAACCUCCCAAAUGUUUUUCAACCCAGCUGUAUUGACGCAGUGUGUUCUUUGUGAGGAUUUAGCAAUUUGUCGGUUGCCUUUGUAUGACAGUAUAGACAUGUAAUGGUGCAUCUCAGUAAUACUCGCAUCUCCAUUAACCCGAAUGUUGAUACCCGUGCAAUGAGUGAUUGAUCCUUUAUAUACCGCACACGGCUCGAGCAACACAAAUGGGCGUCGCAUCUUUUGUGUUUCUUUAUUUUUGUUCUGUACAUACAUGAACAUCUGUACAAAAUAUGACUUUCAUACUAUGUAAUGCUCAACCUAAUUAAAGUACAACAUAUGUACAUAUGACCUGGAAA